AUGUCUCUAAUGAUCAUUAGAAGCUCCAUAUCAUCUGUUAUCUGUGGUGCAAUUCCUGAUUCUAAAACAGCCACCGGAUAUAUUAAGUCGGUUGAGGAGCAAUUCAAGGGUACCUCUAAAGGCCAUGCUAGUACUCUUAUCCUUAAAAUGCUCACAACUAAAUAUGAAGGAUCUGGUGGUGUCCGAGAACACAUAAUGGUAAUGAAUGACAUGGCCAACAAACUUAAAAGUAUGGAAAUGGAAAUUUCUGAAGAAAGUAACACAAAAAGAGUGACGCCGGAACCUUUUGAAGAUUUAUGGACUGCAUGUAAGAUGAAUAUUGAUGGAUUUCCUGGAGAAGAUGAAGUUGUGGUCUUAAUCGAUUUGAAGGUUGUCAUGAAUGUGCAGGUCCAAUGCUUGGGAUCGAUUUGCAUUCAUCCGGUGGAUAUGAAGAUGUGGAGGAGAGCCACAUAUACUUGUUUGGGGCUUGGAAAUGUUAGUGUCAUCUGCUCUGAGCACGAGCGACUUGCUCUUCUCAACUUCAAACACAGUAUCCAAGAUCCUUUUGAAAUGUUGUCCUCAUGGGUUGGAAAUGAGUGUUGCAUGUGGGAAGGAAUCCAGUGUGAUGCUGUCACUGGAAAUGUUCAACGCCUUAAACUUAAUGCAGAUUCCUACUACGACUUCUUUACUCGUAAUAAGGUGAGCUCUUCUUUGGCAGAGUUGAGGCAUCUCAAAUACCUCGACUUGAGUGGGAAUGGUUUUUUUCUAGGAAGUCAGAUCCCUGAGUUCAUUGGAUCCUUUAAACAGCUGACCUACCUCAAUCUAUUUGAUGCUGGUUUUGAAGGUAUUAUUCCUCCUCAAAUUGGAAAUCUUUCUAAUUUAAAGGUUCUUAAUCUCGGUUCAAACUUUUUAAAGGCGGAUGAAAUUGCAUGGAUUUCUCGCCUUCCGUCACUCGAGCUUCUCGACUUGAGUUCAGUGGAUCUUAGUGGAGCACAAAACUGGGAUCAAACUUUGCUUCACAUGACUCCCUUGUUGAAAGAGUUAAGUUUGUCGAAUUGUCUACUUUCCAAUGUUGACCUUGGUGCUUUUCUUAAUUUGAGUAGAAUACUUCCCAACAUCAAACACCUCGAUCUUGGCUUCAAUUCUUUCGAAGGUCCACUCCCUACCUUUUUUCAAAACAUGACCUCCCUCACAUUCCUCGAUCUUUCCGUCUUUAAUCUUAGUUUGGCAUGGAACUUUCCAGACCUACUAAGCAUGAUCCCUUCUCUAUCAGAGCUGCAUUUGUUUGAUUGUGGGCUCAAUAGGACACAUCUAUCUUCCCUUCGUCUUAAUUUCAGUACACUUUCUAACAUCCAACACCUCGAUCUUAGCUUUAAUCCACUUGGAGGCAUAUUUCUGUCCUUUUUGACUAACAUGAGCUCCCUAAGAGUCCUUGACCUUUUGGAUACCAUGUUGAAUUCAUCCCUUCCUAUUAUGCCUAAACUUCUAGAGCUUCAUCUUUCUUAUAACAAGUUUAAGCAGAUUGAGCAUGUUGGAAUCUGGAGACAGUGCCACCUGCAACAGUUGAGAGUGACAAAUAAUGAAUUUGGUAUGGAAAUGAUUGACUCACCAAAAAACGCAUCAGAAUGCUCCCAGGAUUCUUUGGCGAAUUUAAGUGUUCUUGAUCUAUCGUACAACAGACUGGUUGGUUCAAUCCCUGAAUCUCUGAGUAGAUUAAGAUUUUUAGAAGUGCUAGAUCUAUCUCAAAAUCACUUGACUGGUCCUGUUCCAGAGUUCCCUGGGAAACUUGCCAAACUCCGUUCUCUCGUUCUCUCCAACAAUUCUUUAGAAGGAGUAGUUACCGAAGCCUAUUUUGCCAACCUUUCCAUGUUGAAGGACUUGGAUGCUUCUUCUAACACUAAGUUGACAUUCAAUGUUUCACGUGGGUGGAUACCUCCAUUCCAAUUAAAAUCUCUUAAUCUCAGUUCUUGCAAUAUCAGUAAUGGAUUCCCGCAGUGGCUUCGAAAACAACAGAAGCUUCAAAUCUUAGUGUUGUCAAAUGCUACACUUUCAGGACCUCUGCCCACAUGGUUGCGGAAGAUGCCCAUCAUUCCUGUCUUAGAUCUCUCUCACAACAAAUUCAGCGGACCUCUGACAAACCUUCCCAAUGGUGGAAAUGAUAAAGUGUAUACAUAUUCUCCUGAGCCCGCAUUACUUCUGGAAUAUAACCUUUUCAAUGGGUCGAUUCCAAGGUCAUUGUGCAGAAGAACAUAUUUAGUAGGACUUGAUCUUUCCAAAAAUAUGUUAAGUGGGAAAAUUCCCAACUGUUUGGGGAAUCUGAAGGAUUUGACUAACAUGAUAUUAAGCUCAAAUUGGCUCUCUGGUGUCAUUCCAAGUUCAAUAGCUCUUAAUUCAUCAUUAUUUUGGUUAAGUUUGAAUGACAAUAACAUUAUUGGUGAACUUCCACGAGAAUUGGCAAAUCUACAACUUUUGCAAGUCUUAGAUUUGGGUGAUAAUAAGUUCUCUGGAAAUAUACCAAAAUGGAUUGGAGAAAAAUUUAUAGAUUUGGUAGUUUUGAGGUUACACAAAAACAACUUCACCGGUAGAAUUCCUCGAUCUCUGUGCAAAAUUUCAACUCUUCAAAUUUUGGAUCUUGCAUACAACAAAUUAACAGGGACCAUCCCCCGUUGUGUAGGAAAGUUAAAUGGCAUGGUUGAGAGUCACUCAAUACCUUUGUAUCAUUCCGCUUCCGAUUAUGAUAAGAAUGUGAUUCAGGGCAUGAAAGGUGUUGAUCUUGAAUAUACAACAAUUUGGGGUAUGUGGGGAGAUUCCACACAACAUUGGAAAGAUGACAGAGUUAUUUUCUCUUCAAGCAUGGCAGCUUUGCACUUUUUGAGCCAUUUGAAUUUGUCAUACAACAACUUGUCGGGUCAAAUUCCAACAGGAAAUCAACUGCAAACGCUUAAUGAUCCUUCAAUAUAUGCUGGGAACAAACAUCUAUGUGGGCCUCCAUUGCCAAACACUUGCUCAAAUCAUCACGAUCCAACAACAACAAGAAGCAAGAAGAAACACAAAGCAACUGAUGAGUGGAUGAAGGUAUGGUUGUUUUACGGGGACAUAAUGAGUGGUUUUGUAACAGGGUUUUGGGGUGUUAUUGGAGUUGUGUUGUUCAAGAAGCAGUGGAGACAGAAGCUUUUCAUGUUUGCUGAGGUAAUGGUAGACAAGAUAUAUGUUGCAGUCAUGCUAAGAGUUUCCAAAAUCAAGAAAGGAAGAGAAGCUGCAUAG